AUGGCCACAUGCAGCCAUGCAGCACUUGCACUGGUGCUCGCCAUUUUCAUCUCACAAUCCUCCGUUUCAGCUGUGGGAAUCAACUACGGAACACUCGGAAACAACCUUCCAUCGCCCAAGAAAGUCGCACAGCUUCUGCAGUCCAGCUUAAUAAAUAAGGUCAAAAUCUACGACUCAAACCCUCAAAUCCUCCAAGCAUUCUCCAACACCGGCAUCGACCUCAUCGUCGCCGUCCAGAACUCUCUUGUUCCCAACCUCUCGGACCACUCCUCCUUCGCCCACCAAUGGCUCUCCACCCGCAUCCUCCCCUUCAUCCCCGCCACCUCUAUCGUCGCCAUCACCGUCGGCAACGAGUACCUCACCGCCGCCACCGACGACGACGACUCCAACGCCCUCUUCCGUGCCAUGCAAAACCUCCACGCCGCCCUCGUCUCCCACUCCCUCGACCGCAAAAUCAAGGUCACCACCCCACACAGCAUGUCCGUCCUCGCUUCCUCAUUUCCUCCAUCCUCCUCAACCUUCGCCCUAGGCCUCAUCCCAGUGAUGACCGACAUCGUCGCCUUCUUAUCCGACACCAACUCCCCUUUCAUGAUCAACGCGUAUCCCUACUUCGCCUACAGAGACAACCCUAACCCUAACCCUAGCCCUGACACUAGCUCCAUCGACUUGGACUACGCGCUUUUAGGUAACGCCACGGGGAUCCACGACCCUAACGGUUACGUCUAUCACAACAUGCUGGACGCGCAAAUCGACGCCGUUAGAUCCGCUAUUGUUUCUCUUGGGUACGGAAACCGGAGCGUUGAUAUAACCGUUUCGGAAUCAGGGUGGCCGUCGAAGGGUGGCGAUUCCGAUUCCGCUGCCACUCCCGAUAACGCGAGGUUAUACAACACGCGCUUGAUCGAACGCGCGCAGUCCAAUAGAGGGACUCCUAUGAAGCCCAAGGAUAAGAUCGACAUUUUCGUGUUCGCGUUGUUCAACGAGAAUUUGAAGGAAGGUGACGAGAGUGAGAGAAACUUCGGGUUAUUUAAUGGCGACGGGUCUAAGGUUUAUGAGGUGGACUUGAGUUGCGACUUUUGCAGCGGUGGAAGCUCGUUUGGGUUUGGGGAGAGAGGUUUGGCUUUAGGUUCGGGUUCGGGUCCGUCGAUUUGGUGCGUGGCGAAACCGCACGCGGAUGAGAAGGUGCUUCGGAGUGUAUUGGACUUUUGCUGUGGGCCUGGUGGAGUGGACUGCAGAGAGGUUUACGAGGGUGGGGAUUGUUUUCGGCCCAAUAAUGUUGUUGCGCAUGCUUCUUAUGCCAUGAAUGCUUAUUAUCAGAUGCAUGGGAGGAACUACUGGAACUGCGACUUCAAAGCCAGUGGCCUUGUAACUUUCACGGAUCCAAGUUAUGCAUCGUGCCGGUACCCUAGGCAGUAA